AUGACUGUGAACCGGUAUGGCACCUACGGCAAUGGAUUUCCACGAUUCCUUUUUAAAAGACAGCUUCUUCUGGCGACCCUCGCUGACGAUUCUCGGCCAUUUCCCCGGGAGUUUAGGGUUUCCAGACUGUUAAAUGUGACCGGCUUGAUGAUAAAGUUCGGCCCCGGGCCCGAGCCCGAGCCCGAGGGCAUCACCUCACUUGCGGAUCAGGACAACCCCUCGCUGACCACGUCUCCACCACGCAAACGUCGCCGGCCCCCCAAGUCCUGUGACCCGUGUCGUCGUCGCAAAGUCCGUUGUGACCGGGAAUUUCCUUGUGGCCCAUGUGAGCGUGCGAGAACCUCGCUUCAGUGCUUCUACCGCCCCGCGGUUGCUGCCAGAAGCCCCUCUGUAGAUGAAUUCUCCGGGCUCACGGCUUCUUGCGUGCCCGAGGGACAUACGCCUCCUCCCCAAGCCGUUGACCCGCAGACGCAGAGCCGUCCACCUGCACCCACAUCACAAUCGCAGCCUCAGGACCAGAAUCAAUAUCAAAAUAAGAUCAUCCAGGAUCUGCAAAAUCGUGUUCGGCGUUUGGAAGAACAGCUUCCCGGGCCUCCGCUCUCUCGAGGCACGACCGGUCCCAAUCCCAGCGUCUCUCAAACUCAGGCUCUGCGCCACCUUCACGACCGGGUUCUCGGGGCCGAACAACAGCUGUCUGAUGCAUCUCGUCCCAGUCCUUCGGUCAAUGAAUGGGCCAUACCGGCCACCCUUCCUCGUCUGCGUGUCGCCCCGGAUAAGACGAAGCUUUUUAGCCCCAGUCACUAG